UUCCCGUAUGCUUUACGUUUGUUAAUGACGGAAAGGAAUAUGUGUCUCGUCACGUUACGUUUUCCUCGUAAGAAAUAUACCUUUGGCAGCAGGUGAGGUCAAAUGCGGAGGAAAGGAGCGGAAGAGGUUUGCUGACAGGUAAAAGGGGACUAUUUAACCCUACAGCUAAGAGGGGGAUACAUGGAAGACAGCAGAAGUGCGUUGGUCGAGAGCCUUAUAAUAUGGCUGCAGACCUUCAACACUCCCGCACCCUGCAUAAGAGUGGAGGAGCUCACCACUGGAGCCGCAAUGUCCCAAGCCCUGCAUCAGAUAGACCCUGCAUGGUUCAACGAGGGAUGGCUCAGUCGCAUCAAAACAGACGUGGAGGACAACUGGAGGCUGAAGAUGAGCAACCUGAAGAAGAUCCUUCAGAUGGUUGUUGACUAUUAUAAAGAGGUUUUAUCCCAGGACAUCUCAGACUUUCCUGUACCUGAUUUGUCCCUGGUGGCUGAGCACGCCGACCCGGUGGAGCUGGGGAGGUUGCUGCAGCUCAUCCUGGGCUGUGCUGUCAGAUGUGAGCGGAAACAAGAAUACAUUCAGAUCAUCAUGACUUUGGAGGAGUCUGUGCAGCAUGUUGUCAUGACAGCCAUCCAAGAGCUCAUGAGUAAAGAAACCACCAGUCCAUUUGCAGCAGAGCUGUCAGGGGACUUGGAACAGCAGCUUAAAAAAGCACUGGAGGAGCUGACUGAACUUCUUUCAGAAAAGGAGGCCCUUACCCAGCGCUGUCAAGAGCUAGACAUGCAGGUAACUGCUCUUCAGGAGGAACGAAACAGCUUAUUGGCUGAGAAUGAUGUGCUAACAGACCGAGCCAAUCAGCUGGACACGUUUGAUGACCCGAGCACACCCUCAGGAAAAAAACACAGUCAGCUGCAGCUGCAGUUUGAAGCAUUGCAGGAAGAAAACUUCAGGUUGGAGGCUGCAAAGGAUGAUUACCGAAUCCACUGUGAGGAGCUGGAAAAGCAGCUGAUAGAACUUCAGCACCGCAAUGAUGAGCUCACCAGCCUGGCAGAGGAAUCCCGCGCUCUUAAAGAUGAACUGGACGUCCUGAGGAACUGCUCGGAUCGGGUGGUGAUGCUUGAGGCCUCGGUCGAGACGUACAAGCGUAAGUUGGAGAAUCUUGGUGACCUAAAGAGGCAGAUGAAACUGCUGGAAGAAAAUAAUAUGACAUACAUGCAAAACACCGUCAGUCUGGAGGAAGAGCUUCGCAAAGCAAACGCUGCCCGUGCACAGCUCGAAACAUACAAACGACAGGUUCAGGAGCUUCACAAAAAAAUGUCUGAAGAGUCGAGGCGAGCAGAUAACCUCGCUUUUGAGAUGAAGAAGUUGGAGGAGAAACAUGAAGCUACGCUGAAGGAGAAGGAGAGGGUCAUCAUUGAAAGAGAUUCUCUCAAGGAAAUCAAUGAAGAACUGCGAUGCGCUCAGGCCCAGCAGCACCAGCUCUCUCAAGCAGGGAUUUUUCCUUCUGGGAGCCCCAGCCACGAUAACCUGGCAGCUGAGUUAAUACCCAUUGAAUAUAGGGAAAAGUUCAUCCAGCUGCAGCAUGAGAAUAAAAUGUUGAGGGUGCAGCAGCAGGACUAUGAGCAGGAGAAGCUCACUGAUCUGCAGGUCCAGCUGGAGGAAGCUAAGAAGACGUGCAGUCAACUCGACACUGAGAACAGACUGAGCCGAGCGCGGAUCAGCGAGCUGCAGCAGCAGGUAGAGGAUCUGCAGAAGGCCCUGCAGAGUCAGGCGGCCAAACCUGAUGAUUCAAACCUGAAGAGAAAACUGGAUGCACACAUGGUCCAGCUGAACGAGGCGCAGGAUGAAAUCAUGAAGAAAAAAGAAUUGUUGGAGGACCUACAGCCUGAAAACACUCAGACUUCCUCUAAAGUCGAUGAGCUCAUGGCUGCUCUCAAGAAGAAAGAUGAUGACAUGCGGGCCAUGGAGGAGAGGUACAAGAUGUACCUGGAGAAAGCUAGAGAUGUCAUACGAGCGUUGGACCCAAAGUUGAAUCCUGCCACCGCUGAGAUCCAGGCUCUCCGGAACCAGUUAGCUGACCGUGACAAACAGAUCGUCACCCUGGAGCGUCAGUGUGAACAGGCCAGAUUGAGAGAGUAUGAGGAGAAGCUAAUCGUCACCGCCUGGUAUAAUAAGAGUUUGAACUUUCAGAAGUUGGCCAUCGAAUCACGCCUUGGGGGCCCUGCUUUUCACACACUUUCUCCCGGCCAGUCCUUCUUAUCGCAGCAGCGCCAAGUCUCAAACGCGCCCCGCCGCGCUUCUUCUAUCAACGUGCCUGCUCCCACUCCCAAAUAGACCAUGCAUCAGGGCUAAAUGUCUGCAUUCUUCUGAAAUAAGGCAGGAAUGUAUAGCCCUAGCUCCUUCUGUCAAGUGAGCACACAAGUGGCCUUAAACUCAUGUGCUCUCAGCCUUUUUGGGGAGGGGUCAAAGAUAAUCUGAGUAGGAUGAAUGUGGAUUUAUGAAACUGAACACACAGGUCAUAGCAGGGCAUGUUGUUAUUGUACUGAGCCUGGAACUGUCCACUCCACUCUAUGGUUUCACAUUAGUCUAGACUUGGCUGCACAGCAUCAGUCCAGCCUGGCCUCACUUCACGUAGAAUGAUGCUUUUUCAGGAAUGAGACAAAUGUCCGCUUCAUAUUUUUUAAGUGAGUAGAGCUUUAUACUAAUGAACGCUAUUCAAAUCAUGUGACUCGUGCUGAACUUGAGAUGACUGUAGAGGCAUUUAUGAAGUUUAUAAAAUGUAUUUUGUUCUCCAGUAGUGAUGGAAAGAGACACUCUGCUUUUUAGGGAGCAAUCACUAACUUCUGGUGCUGGCCACCAACAACUUUUAGAUCAUCAAACAUCAAGCUUUUUUAUUUGUCUCAUUCUAAAAUGGAACCUUUGAAAAGCUGUGAAAAUCUGAAGUCAUAUUAAGCACCGUCAGUGGCGUUCUGAUGGCGUUCUUCUACGGGACCGGUGUUGUUCUCAACCAGCAGACCUUUCUAUUUACUGAGAAUGUCGUCAGAAUGAUUCUAUUUAAUUAAAAAUAUGUUACACUGAAAUGUAAAUCUGAUUAAAACACCAGCUUUGAUCCAAAUGAGAAUCAGGUUUAACGUCCAUACAAAAAUAGUGAAAUGAGAUUUAUAAAAAUGAUUGUGGUUCAUGUGUCUUUGCAGUAAAUAAAUACAGUCGAGGCGAAUAUUGUUUCUAAUAUUGAAAGGCCAUUGAUUUCACACAGAAUGAAUUGAGCCUUUUCACUUUGCUUAAACGUCUCCUGCUCUUGCUUUGGAUGUUUGGAGCAACACUAAGGAGGUGGAGUGUUUAUUAUGGAUCUGUCACAUGAAGUCUGUUUGUCACUGUUGAUGUAAAUGGUUCUGGUUUUGUUCUGUCACACAAGAGAAGUGCAAUCUGAGGCAGCACGGGUCAGAGCGACGGUGCAACACUUUUCUGUUUGAUUUAAGAAUUAUAAAUAAACUUUUGAAAGGGA